CAAUCAAGAUCACAGAAGUCAACUGCAAUAGCUUGUAAACAUGUCAAAUGCGUCAUUUUCAAAUUAUCUAUUAUUCAACAAAUGAAUCUAUCCUGACACCGACACUGAAAACCGCACCGCCGUUAAAUCAGUAGUAAUUUACCGAGUUAAACAUGUGGAGGUUAUGUCUGGUGUGUGUUUUGAUACAAACCAACGCUCAAGUUUAUUAUCAACCUGAGCAAGUACAUUUGGCUUACGGAGACGACACUAGAGAUAUUGUCGUUACCUGGUCCACCUUCAAUGACACGCAGAUAUCUGUGGUGGAAUACGGAAUUGGGGGGUACGUUUUAAGGGCGACAGGCUCUGCCAAAUUAUUUGUCGAUGGAGGCCCCAAGAAACACUCCCAGUAUAUUCACAGAGUACUUUUAACUGAUUUGACUCCAGACACUAAAUAUGUUUAUCAUGUGGGCAGUGAUUUGGGCUGGUCAUCAGAGUUUUGGUUUAAAACUCCUCCGGCAAAUAACUGGCAACCGUUGCUGGCGAUUUUCGGCGACAUGGGCAAUGAAAACGCACAGUCCUUGGCUCGACUUCAGGAAGAGACCCAACGAGGAUUGUAUGAUGCUAUUUUGCACGUGGGCGAUUUCGCAUAUGAUAUGGAUUCUGAGGAUGCAGAAAUCGGGGAUGCGUUUAUGCGUCAAAUAGAAUCCAUAUCAGCGUAUCUACCGUACAUGACUUGUCCAGGAAAUCAUGAGGAACGAUACAAUUUCAGUAAUUACAGAGAACGGUUCAGCAUGCCUGGGGGCACUGAACAAUUAAUGUACAGCAUCAACAUCGGACCGGUGCAUUUGAUAUCGAUUUCCACUGAGGUCUACUACUUUUUAAACUACGGAAUUAAGCCGUUGGUGUUCCAGUAUGAAUGGCUGGAGAACGACUUGAUUAAAGCCAACUUGCCAGAGAACAGAGAAGCACAACCUUGGAUAGUUGUGAUGGGACACAGACCGAUGUAUUGCAGCAAUGAAAACUCGGACGAUUGUACCCACAACCAGACGCUGACGAGGGUCGGACUUCCGUUUAUGCACUUUUUCGGUCUGGAGGAGUUGUUUUAUAAUUACGGCGUCGAUUUGGAAAUUUGGGCUCAUGAACAUUCUUACGAAAGACUUUGGCCGAUUUAUAAUUACGAGAUCUUUAAUGGGAGCUACGAACAGCCGUACGUGAAUCCCAAAGGUCCAGUGCAUGUAGUCACUGGUUCGGCCGGUUGCAAAGAGGGCAGGGAAAACUUCACGCCGUUCAGGCCGCACUGGUCUGCGUUUAUCAGUCGGGAUUACGGCUAUACGAGAAUGAAGGUUCAUAACAGUUCGCACUUGUAUUUGGAACAGGUUUCUGAUGAUAAGGAAGGAGCGAUUAUAGAUUCAUUUUGGAUCGUGAAGAACAGACACGGAAGUUAUCCAGGAUCGAAGAUGGAUUGGGGAAAGUUGGACCAAAUGCGGUUGAAGAAUUUGUAAAAAUGACUUACAUGUAAUUGAUAUAAACAUAUCUGAUUUUACAUGUUACAUUCCUAUUUUUAACUUACCAAAAAUGUAUUAGUGAUAAUUUUAUCUAAUUUGAUUAUGUCUAUAAUAAAUAUUGUUUAUUUAUUA